AGCACCUCCCACUGGCACGUCAUCUACCCGACCACGCACCGCAAGGAGGGGGCGGGACGAUCUCGGGCGGUCACCCUCGUUAACAAGAAGUUGUCGAUAGACUCGUGGAGCGCCAUCGCCGUUCAGCACCCCGACAUCACGGCCAUAUCCAUCUGUGCCAAGGACACCACCGUCCACAUCUUCAACCUCUAU